ACGCCGGAGUGAGAGGGACAGACUGAGUAAGAGAGAGACCGCGGCCGCACGUAGCUUGUAGGGAAAGGCGGAGAGAGGAAGGAGAGCAGUAGCUAGCCGGUGGUGCGUCGUCGUCGUGCGCUUCCUAACCUCCAAAACGGGCUUCUCGCCGACGCGCGUAACGUACGUGACGAACGAAACGAGCGACGCCGCCACCUCGACGCGCGCGUGUGUGUAUGUGGCGUGUGCAUAUGUGUGUGUCCUCGUCUUUCCCGUGACGUCGCCUCCGAUUCAUAACGAACGCGAUCCGCAGUCGUUGUCGCCACCGCCGCCGCCGUCGUCGUAACUUUGCGGCAGUAGGGUGUUUCACGCGUGUGUGUCAUCGCGUCUCGUUUCUAACGGCGCGACAGUAGGUUUGCGUCGCGGUUUAAGAGUAGCCGCGUGACGGAAAAAUCCGUGAGAGAGAUAGAGAGAGAGAGAAAAGAGAGGGAGAGUUUCCCUCGGGGUUUUUUUUUUCUUUUCGAAAUUUCGAUCCUCGUCGCGUGUGCCGCGCGCGUCUCUUUGUGAGUGACACGAGAGAGAACCACGCGAGUUGCUCUACACCACGGCGUUUACCAGCAAGGUGCACGGAUACUCCACGGAAUUCGCCUGGACAUUCCUUCCAUCGUUGCCUGCCACCGCUGCCGCCGCUUGGGAGCCUACCGUGGACACGGUAGGUCUAAUAGGCAAUAGAAUUGAUCUGUGUUCGAUACGUCGACGGAAAAUACGUGUGAAGAAUUUAGACAGUAUGAUGAUGACAAAUCUACCCCCUGUUAUGCUGCCACCCAUUACGGACUACGGGAUGCUGACGCCUACUCUCGGAAUAAAGAGGGGUAGUGACGAGCUUCUAUCGCAAAGCGGGGCAGUCAGCAAUGGUGCUUCAAUGAGUCCGCAACCUCAUCACGCAGCCGAUAACAACAAUGACGCCAAGAAGGUUAAGCUCGACAAGAGUCACAGUGGCAAACCUUCCAGAGUCAUUCAUAUCAGGAAUAUACCUAACGAGGUGACAGAGGCAGAGAUCAUCCAUCUAGGUUUGCCGUUCGGCCGUGUUACCAAUGUACUUGUUCUCAAGGGCAAGAAUCAGGCGUUUCUUGAAAUGGCGGACGAGAAUGCUGCGGCGACCAUGGUGACCUAUUACGCUUCCGGCGUGGCUCAACUCAGAGGCAGAGCAGUCUACGUGCAGUUCAGCAAUCACCGUGAACUCAAGACGGAUCAAACGCACUCCAACAACGCGGUCAGUAGCCCAACAAAUGAUGUCGCCAACACCUCUGAGAAUUCGAACAACCAGGUCGCGAUUGCGGGACAAAAUCAGGUAUCCGGACCUGGCGAGACCCAAGGCGGACCCAACACCGUACUCCGAGUCAUCGUGGAGCAUUUGCUCUAUCCGAUCACCCUCGACAUACUUUAUUCGAUCUUCACGCGCUAUGGCAAGGUCCUGAAGAUCGUCACCUUCACAAAGAACAGCUCCUUCCAGGCACUAAUACAGUACUCGGACAUGUUGGCGGCGCAGACCGCUAAAUUUGCGCUUGAUGGACAGAACGUCUACAAUUCCUGCUGCACGCUACGCAUCGACUACAGCAAGAUGCAAAACCUGAACGUUAAGUACAAUAAUGACAAGUCCCGGGAUUACACCAACCCGAAUCUUCCGACCGGUGAUGCCAGUCUGGAUGCGGCAUCACUAGCUCUUGGCGGUGAAUUGCUGCUGAUGGGUGCCGGUUCCCAACCGCGUGCCAGAAUACCCGUAGAGUCCAUUGCAGGGGCACCGGGUGUGCUGCCCACGCCCUUUGCCAUGCACGGGCUUGCUUCGCCCUUGGCCGGUCCUUACAAUGGCGUACCUCCCGCUGGCGGACUUGCCGGUCUUGGCGGAUUCCCUCUUGGCGCAGCUGGUCUGGGUGUCCGGGUCCAAGGAAGCGCGCAAGCAUCGGCCGUGUUGCUCGUCAGUAAUCUCAACGAAGAGAUGGUCACGCCUGACGCUCUCUUUACCCUGUUUGGCGUUUAUGGGGAUGUACAGCGUGUGAAGAUCCUCUACAACAAGAAAGACUCGGCACUAAUACAGAUGGCCGAACCUCAUCAGGCGCUUUUAGCGCUAACCCAUAUGGACAAGUUAAGAGUGUUUGGAAAGCAAAUCAAAGUAAUGCUCAGCAAACACCAAACGGUUCAAUUGCCAAAAGAAGGUCAGCCAGACGCGGGCCUCACGAAAGAUUACACCAACAGCACUCUUCAUCGAUUUAAGAAACCCGGUUCGAAAAACUAUCAGAACAUCUAUCCACCAAGCUCGACCCUGCAUUUAUCAAACAUUCCGGCUACGGUAGCGGAGGAAGAGAUCAAGGAUGCUUUUACCAAGAACGGCUUCACCGUGAAAGCCUUCAAGUUCUUCCCGAAGGACAGAAAGAUGGCUCUUAUACAAAUGCCUAAUAUGGACGAUGCCGUGGCUGCGCUGAUCAAAAUGCACAACUAUCAGCUUAGCGAGUCCAACCAUCUCAGAGUGUCGUUCUCCAAAAGCAACAUCUAACAAGAAUCGCCACCGCACGAGCAGCAUUGGUACCAGCCAUACGCCCUAGUUCCCCUUUGGUCACCCGCUUCGGUCUACGACUGAUGAUCGCAUAGUUGGAUCUACUCAGGUGCUCGUCCGUUUCUGCGAGAGUCACUACGCUGUUGCUGGCCUGCAUUGCAGGUGUAACCCAUGCGGGACUGCGUUGUACUCGGACUUUGAAGCAGCACAAGCGGACAGGAAGCAACCUUGUCCGAGCGAGCUUAGGAUGUUUUCGAGGCCUUGCCCUUGUUGUUGGGACGUCUAUAUGGCAUGCACCUGUUUUCGCAUCCGGUUGAAUCUGACGAUUUGAAGGGUGUUGCUAGGGUGUUUCGAGAUGUACCAGGGCUGCAAGCGCUCAAAUUAAACGAUGAAGAGGCAAAUUCGCGACGGCCUUUUCGAAGGUAGUUUCCGGUACUGGCUUUCGAGCGUAUUAACGCAACAGUUUCAUAAUUUUAGAAAUAUGUAUGAAAUUUAGAAACAGACAAAGAUCGCGGACAGGAAGAGAGAGAGAGAGAGAGAGAGAGAGAGAGAGAGAGAGAGAGAGAGAGAGAGAGAAAAUCGCGAUUAUUCUUAUGAAAGCCAGGACCGUCGCAGGAAGAGAGAAACACAAAGAGAGAAAGUGAGAGAGAGAGACAGAGAUGCAGAAUAAAACGAAGAGCCUAGCAGCCGGGCAUACAUAGAGCAUGUGUAAGAGAGGAAAGAGAGAUUAGGAUUAGACGGGAGCGAGGAAACAGCACAGUGUCAAACAGUCCUCGACUCUUGUACAGAAUUAACGCUAGGAAAGAUAAGAUAUAUUAUUAUAUAUGUAAAAUUCAUGAUCGCGCGGCUCAAACCGCUACCGUGAUUAUGGUUAAAAAUUUUUCAAAGUUACGUGGACACAAGGGCAACCAUCUUGCGAUAAGCGCGCGCGACGGUGUCCGUAUAUCACAGUUCGGAAGUAGGUCUCCGUUGUCGAUGUGCUCGUUCGGCGAACGAAUUCGAGAAGAAAAACCAAAUAGGUACAAAUGGACCGCGAGGUAUCUCGACGAUCGUCGUACGUUCACGCGUAACGCGACAGCCGACUACCGUAAACCAGCAGCGUUUCCCACGAGACAAUCUUCAUUCUUCUGACGACCAAACACACGUGCGACCGAGCGUACUUCUUCGUGGCUUCCGUUCUGUUUCGAGGGCGAGACAAUACGAUCGACGAGGUUGACCGAUCGAGUACGACAGGAACGACGUGUUUUAAUUGACCGGGUAUCUAAGUAAAAAAAAUGGCCAAUGUCACGGGACCUUUUGCAUGCUUUCACGAGGUACUACUACUUCGCCGACGAACCGAUCGCCUUCAAUUGAUUUUACGUCGCGAGAUUGGCAGCGGCCAAAAUUGGAGAAGAGAGUUGAAAGUGGCGGAGAGCCGAAUCGGCCUUCAAAAUUCUUCUCGUAUCCGUUACUUAUCGCGAUUGGUUGAUCUGUUCGUAAGGCGGAAGCGAAGCAAUUAUCAAAGUCGUUCGUUGCGUGCUGAGAGCUAUCCUAAUUGGGGUAUGCCACUCCAAACGUAUAGCCCGCUCGAUCUAUGUUUUCUGUUUCUUCGCGGGGCCGGUUUCUCGCUCCCGAAGGUACCUGCAGUAUUCUCGACUACUCGGCGAAGUCGAACGCUUCUUAGGGAAGGAUCGAGCGGUGCCUGAACGUUCAAUGACCGAGGCGAGUUCUCCGCUCCGCAGGCCCACGCGACGCGUUUGCACGCGUCAUCGUACGGUCGUCGCAGAUGGCAUUUUUAUAAUUUGUACGUUUCAGUUUGGAGAUAAGUAUUAUAACGCACCCGCACACGUAUCCGCGUCUUUACGAGACCGUACAAUUAUGCAGUUAUACGUACACGGACACAAGACACAAACAAUCACGCACGCGCCGCGCGCGAAGAUAAAUGUUUCGACCGCCCUCUGAUUUAUAUACACACAUACACAUAAAUACACACAGACGCAUAGAUACAACUGAAUGCGCGCAGAUUUCUUAGUUAGAAUAGAUGCUUAGGCAUGUGUUAGGAUCUUAAUCAUAUAGUAAGCGACUAGAUAAGUAAUUGACUAGGAGAGGAAGGAGUGAACUGUUGAACAUAUCGCUAAUUAAAAAGUUUGCAACGUACGGGGCGCGCGCGAAAAAUUGGUACCGGUCGUAGCGGAUCAACGAGUGGCACUCAAGAUAUUUCGAGGAUGGUUCGCAUCAAUGGACAGUAUUCGUAUGAAGAAGAGAGAGAUACUAUCAUGUCUCUGUGCCAACGAUAGGUCUAUCGUUUGACGAGCUUUGAUCUACCCCAUCGAGAGAGUUCCUGAUAUCAAAGCAUUCCUUCAGUAGUCGGUGAUUGUGAGGGUUCCCCGUAAAUACAAGCGAAUAUCUCGAGAAAGCAUUGCACAUGCGCGGAUUGGUAUUCGAGGAGGCGAUCAUCAUUUGAUUAAACAAACCAUUUGCAACGUUGAGUUCUUGUUGGACAAAGCGUUGAACAGAAAAGCAAAGUAAUACGUUAGAAUUGUAUUUACGGAGAUUUAGUAGAACCGUGUAAAAUCGAUUGGGGUGGUUUUCAAGGUAUCUGGAGUGUCCUCGCCGAGAAGCGCGAAACGGAAUUUAGAUCGGGCGUCACGACAUUGAAGACAAUCGAUCUUGUUUCUGUUAAGAAUGAGAAUUCUGAAGUCUUUAAACGAAAUGUGCGCGCCGGCGAAGUCCACGGGUUUCUGUCUAAUCGACGUUCUGUUGGAGUCAAUUAAAUUUUACUGAUAUAACGUAACUGAUCGUAGAGAGAAGUAGGAAAAGGAUUAGUGUGUGUUGGAAGGAGACUGUUAUGCAAAGGCGUAACUGAAUUGAGCGAGAGGGAGGGAGAGAAAGGAAAAGAAUAAUUGCGCGAGUGAGAGAAAAAGAAACGGAAUGAAAGAGUUGUAUUCACGUCAAAUGUAGUAUCACGCGACUUUGAUGGAUAUUGAACUAUAUAAAAGGGUAGGAAGAGGAGUUUCUCCAAUCCGAGAAUCGUGCAGCGACCUACAAGGCAGGGAGGGAGAGUAACGAAACUGUGAAAAAAAAAAAAAAA